ACUUUAGCUCGCCGUUUCCCUCUUUCCUGUGUUUUCCUCUCGCUGUCGUCCUGUCACCGCCGGCGGAGGGCUGUCGGGGCUAGAUGCGGUUCGGCGGUAGGGCGCCCGCGGGGCUUAUGGCGGCGCGGCGGUGGCGACCAGCGGCAACGGCAGCGAUCGCUGCGGCGAGGCCAGGCGGGGGCGGCCCGGGACGGGCUCUAAGCUCGGGUACUGCCUCAGAACCGGCCCUGGUCCCCGUCACGGAAGCGGUCGCCCCCGCCACAGCUGCUCUCUACGUGCACUGGCCCUACUGCCGCAAGCGUUGUUCCUACUGCAGCUUCAACAAAUACGUGGUGCCAGCGGUGGAUGAGGCAGCCAUGGGCACCUGCCUGGUGCGGGAGGCGCGCACCCUGCUCCGCCUCAGCCAGGUGCAGAGUGUCAGUUCAGUCUUCUUUGGCGGGGGGACCCCAAGCCUGGCUAGCCCCCGCACCAUUGCAGCAGUGCUGGAGGCAGUCGCAGGGGCUGCCCACCUCCCUGCUGGCACUGAGGUCACGCUGGAGGCCAACCCCAGCUCUGCUGGCACACAGCGCCUUGCUGACUUCAAGGCAGCUGGUGUCAACCGCCUCUCCAUCGGCAUCCAGUCGCUGAAUGACGCUGAGCUGAGGCUUCUGGGCCGGGAGCACACAGCAGCAGAGGCACGGGGCACCAUAGAGGUGGCACGGAGGCUCUUCCCUGGCCGAACUUCCCUUGAUCUCAUCUUUGGGCUGCCCAGGCAGAGCCGGGAGGCCUGGGCCCAGGGACUUGAGGCAGCACUAGGUCUCUGUGAUGACCAUAUCUCCCUGUACCAGCUGACGCUGGAGCGAGGCACAUUGCUGGCAGCACAGGUCUGGGGUGGUGCCCUGCCUGCACCCCCCCAGGACCUCCUGGCUGACAUGUACCUGACAGCCCAUGCGGUGCUGGUGGCUGCUGGCUUCCGACACUAUGAGGUCUCCAAUUUUGCAAGGAAGGGCGCACUCAGCACCCACAACCUCUCAUACUGGCGGGCUGAGCAGUACAUCGGUGUGGGGCCAGGUAAGUCAGGGCUGGAGGAGGUGCUUGCGCUGGGACUGCGCACAGACGAGGGCAUCACCCACGAGAGGCGUGCGUUGCACCGUGGGGAGGGCCUGGCCCUGCUGGAUUCCCUGCCUGCCCGACCUGCUCUGCCAGCUGCAGCGCUGCUGGGCCCUGCCGGUGCCCCGCACCUCAGGAACUGUGCCUGCUGUGACAGCGAGGCCCUAAGGCAGAGGGACGCGUUGCUGUGGCCUCCUCUGGCCCCGCUCCGCUGUGCUGAGGGUCCCAGAGCUGCCCCAGCGCUGCAGGUGGAGCCCCAGGAGCAGAAGGGCCUCCGCGCCUGCUGGCGCUUUAAACCACCGGAGUCGCCCGUGGGGUGCCCGAGCCUCGCUGCCCACGCGGGGGCGCUGCGCACGCGCAGGCCGGGCGCUGCUGCGGCCCUCCGGUGGCGCGCGGGCGCCGUUGCCGUGGCAGCCGCGCUUGGAGCUGGGGCGCUGGCGCCGGGAUGA